UGCUAUAAUAUCUUUUCCGGCCGGUUCACUGUUCCGUUCUCGGUAAAAUGGCAGAGGUCGGUCAGAGGCUGGGGAGCGGAGCUUACCGGCUGUCCGCUCUCAGAAACAGACAGAGUCGGUCGCGGUACACCGGAGAGAGUCCUGGUCCUCUGCUGGUGAACUCCCUCAGUGAGAGCCUCUGUAAAGAGCCGUCAACCCGGGACCAACAUCGUGAAUUUCAGCCAGUGUCAAGAAGCAGAGCAACACUACGCAAACCAGGGAAACUUUCCGGAGUGACAAGUGAAAGUCCAAAUGAAAAUGGGACCUUGCACUGUGUCAGAUAUGUGGAGCUGGAUUCAUCCCGGUGUAUCAAAGAGAGAAUUGACGCUCACACAACAUCCCUGUACCUCUCAGCAAGGUUACAGGAGAGGCUUCUGCCAGGCAGGAUGACAUCCUGGAGCAGAGGAGCUGUUUUCAUCCACCCUGACACCAUUAGGUCCCCUCAGCAGCUGAGAGCUUUCUGCACUGUCAUCUUCAUCUUGGAAGAGCAGGGGUCAAAGAGGUGGAGGCGUCUGAAACCUCAUCCUGAUACCAUGCAGGUAUCUACAAGAAGCUACAGCUGGAAGAGUGACCACAGCUCAAAGGAUGCUCCGACUAUGUACAGUAGCAGGACAUCCUAUUAUGACAUCCUCAGAGUGUCCCCCAGUGCCACACAGUCCCAGAUCAAGACAGCCUACUACAAGCAGUCCUUUAUUUUCCACCCUGACAAAAACCCAGGGAACGAUGAGGCCACUGAGCGUUUCUCUGUUAUAAGCGAGGCAUACAGAGUGCUGGGAAACAUCGGCCUCAGGAGGAAGUAUGACCGUGGGAUUCUCAGCAGGUCAGAUGUUCACAGUGCAGGGAGACCUUCCUCCAAAGAGACCAUGAGCAAAUUCUCAGGCACCCCACAUCAGCAACACUACAGGACCAGGCAGUUCUAUCAAACUGGGAAGAAGCCCAUGUUUGAUUUUGAUGCCUUUUAUCAGGCUCACUAUGGGGAGCAGCUGCAGAGGGAGAGGGACCUGAGAGCCAGGAAGGAGCGUGAGCAGGAGCAGGAGAAGGAGAAUUUUAACAAGUGGAAGGAGGGAAAAAAGUUGGAAAUGACUGUGAUAAUGCUGAUGGCCAUGGCAGGCUUUCUUGUUGUUAGCCUCAGCCAAUCCUGAAAUAGAUGCAGCACCUUGGCGGGCGCCUCUCUGGGGUUGCAUGUCACAACUCUCGGAGGGGGAGGAGAUAGAGGGGGAGAGAGUGCUACCUCAGACUGUUUUGCGAGUGUUGCACGGUUUUUGACAGUAGAAUUUUAUUUUAUUUUGGGUGUUUAAGGAGCAACAAAGGCUGACUCACUGGUUCGAGGCCAAAGAUUGUUAUUUAUAAACUGUGUCAUUAGCUGACUGUUUCAAGAUAGCAACAUAGCAUAUUACUGUUCCUUAUUUAUUCACUUUAAGGAUGUAAAAACCAGCAGAAACAAAAAUGGCAGACACUUACCUAGAAAGAGGGUGCUGAAUGAUCCUGAAUUAGAUAUGCCAGGAGACAGAACAUCUACAAAUCUUAUGUAUAGGUAAUAUUAUAUUUCACUCUUAAUGGAUUGAAUGUCUGAUGCUGGAACGCACACAAUCCCUUUGCCUUUCGCUACACUCUGAAUCUGCGAUUCCGGAAAUCACUUUGAAGUGUGAGAAUUUAAGAUUUUAAGAAAGAUAAAUACACAUAUAAACACCUUCCAGGUUUUUGAGAGUGUUUAGGUUGACUGUAUAUUAUGUAAUUAGAAAAUGCAAUAUGUUGUUAAAUUGUUUAUUUUUAAUAAGGGAAACUGUAUUAAGCAACUUUCAUAAAACAGUUGAUUCAUAUUUUCUUGAAUAGUUUUAUUUAUCAAUGAAGAUCAUAGUAAAUACGUAUUUGUGAUCACCCAGAACUGCUUUGCUUGUUUUUUUCUCAGUAAUUCUAUAAGAUCUGACCUCUAGAGGGCGCCGGUGCACAUCCAAAUCAUCUAUAGGCUACAGUCAAAGUCAAAGCUGGAGGCCUUAGGGUGUAUGAACUCUGUCUGGGACGAUUUUCAUUUAAGGUAUGGAAGCCUGCUGAGAGCUGCUGCUGCUAAUACGUCAAUUAUUUCCUUGCAGAUGCUUCUUAUUAAAAACUUCAAACCUG